UGCGGCUUGUUACUCUGGUCUCAAGGCUUCUUCUGUUUCUGAGUCUCUGGAAGUGCAGUCCGAGCCUGGCUUCCUGGUCUGCUCAUCACACGCGUGCGUGCGUGUGUGCGUGCGUGGCCAUGGUCUCCAGCAGGGAUUCGGGGUGAGUGAAAAUUUUGAGAGGUGCUUGCCUUGAGGAUGGCCGUGAAGGUUGGUGAAGCCAGACGCUGGAGGCAUGGUCACGAGAUUGCCCUCUCACUUCUGGAGAAGAUGCAGACCCAGGAGAUCCUGAGGAUCCUGCGGCUGCCCGAGCUAUCGGACUUGGGCCAGUUUUUCCGCAGCCUCUCAGCCACCACCCUCGUGAGUAUGGGUGCACUGGCUGCCAUCCUCGCCUACUGGCUCACUCACCGGCCAAAGGCCUUGCAACCACCAUGCAACCUCCUGAAGCAGUCGGAAGAAGUGGAGGACAGUGGCGGAGCCCGGCGAUCUGUGAUUGGAGGUUGCACUCAGUUGCUUACCCACUACUAUGAUGAUGCCCGGACCAUGUACCAGGUGUUCCGCCGUGGGCUUAGCAUCUCAGGGAACGGACCCUGUCUUGGCUUCCGGAAGCCAGAGCAACCUUACCAGUGGCUGUCCUACCAAGAGGUGGCCAAAAGGGCUGAAUUCCUGGGGUCGGGGCUUCUCCAGCACAACUGUAAAGUGGGCACAGAGCAGUUCAUUGGUGUUUUUGCACAAAAUCGGCCGGAGUGGAUCAUUGCUGAGCUGGCCUGCUACACGUACUCCAUGGUGGUGGUACCGCUCUAUGACACCCUGGGCCCAGGCUCUAUCAGCUACAUCAUCAAUACUGCGGACAUCUGCACCGUAAUCGUAGACAAGCCCCACAAGGCUACACUUCUGCUGGAGCACGUGGAGAGGAAGGAGACUCCAGGCCUCAAGCUGGUCAUCCUCAUGGAGCCAUUUGAGGACGCCCUGAAAGAGAGAGGAAAGAAGUGCGGGGUGGACAUCAAGUCCAUGCAGGCUAUAGAGGACUGUGGCCAAGAGAAUCAUCAUGCCCCCGUGCCCCCACGGCCCGAUGACCUCUCCAUUGUGUGUUUCACAAGUGGUACAACAGGGAACCCCAAAGGUGCGAUGCUCACCCACGGGAACGUGGUGGCCGAUUUCUCAGGCUUUCUGAAAGUGACAGAGAGUCAGUGGGCCCCCACUUGUGCGGAUGUGCACUUUUCCUAUUUGCCUUUAGCACACAUGUUUGAGCGAAUGGUGCAGUCUGUUGUCUACUGCCAUGGAGGGCGUGUGGGCUUCUUCCAGGGAGACAUCCGCCUCCUCUCAGAUGAUAUGAAGGCUCUCCGCCCCACCAUCUUCCCUGUGGUCCCACGGCUGCUGAAUCGGAUGUAUGACAAGAUCUUCCACCAGGCAGACACCUCCCUAAAGCGCUGGCUCCUGGAGUUUGCAGCCAAGCGCAAGCAGGCCGAGGUCCAGAGCGGAAUCAUCAGAAACAAUAGCAUCUGGGAUGAACUCUUCUUUAAUAAGAUUCAGGCCAGUCUUGGUGGGCACGUGAGGAUGAUCGUCACCGGAGCAGCCCCCGCAUCACCAACAGUCCUGGGAUUCCUACGAGCAGCUCUGGGGUGCCAGGUCUAUGAAGGUUAUGGGCAAACUGAAUGCACAGCUGGGUGCACCUUCACAACGCCAGGGGACUGGACAUCAGGGCACGUAGGGGCACCUCUGCCCUGCAACCAUAUCAAGCUGGUCGAUGCAGAGGAACUCAACUACUGGACCUGCAAAGGAGAAGGAGAGAUAUGUGUGAAGGGACCAAAUGUGUUCAAAGGCUACUUAAAAGACGAGGACAGGACCAAGGAGGCCCUGGACAGCGACGGCUGGCUUCACACCGGAGACAUUGGGAAAUGGCUGCCGGAAGGAACGCUUAAAAUCAUCGAUCGGAAAAAGCACAUAUUUAAACUUGCUCAGGGGGAAUAUGUUGCACCAGAGAAGAUCGAGAACAUCUACAUCCGGAGUGAGCCUGUGGCGCAAAUCUAUGUCCACGGGGACAGCUUAAAGGCCUUUUUGGUUGGCAUCGUCGUGCCUGACCCUGAAGUCAUGCCUUCCUGGGCUCAGAAGAAAGGAAUUGAAGGGACCUAUCAAGAACUCUGCACAAAUAAGGAAUUGAAGAAAGCUAUUCUGGAUGACAUGGUGAUGCUGGGGAAACAAAGUGGACUGCAUUCUUUUGAACAGGUUAAAGCCAUUUACAUCCAUUGUGACAUGUUCUCUGUUCAAAAUGGCCUGCUGACACCAACACUAAAGGCUAAGAGACCCGAGCUGAGAGAGUACUUCAAAAAGCAAAUAGAAGAGCUUUACUCAGUACCCAUGUGAAGCUCAAGGAGGUCCUUGUCAGUCCGAUGAACUUUGCAGCAAUAUUACAGUUAUUCUUGAGAGAAAGGAAUCGGAAUGCCACAGCUCGAAGUGAACAAGCACCUGAUUUUUGCAACUGAGCCUUUCCUGACCAGAGAAGUCUCUAACAAUAUUUUUCUCUACCGUCACCAAGUACAUUUUAUUUUUAUUAAAUGAUAUUGUAGCAAGCUGCUAAAAAAAAAUUAUCGCAAACGGUAAUGUAAAAACAAAUCAAGACACUUUCUCAAGAACUGUGUACCACUAAAAGUAAUAUAUUCGCAAUGUUCACAGAAUUCCAUUAAACAUAAAGAAAAACCAUAACUGAUAUAUUGUAC